AUGAAGGAAGGUUCAGUUUAUGAUGAAGGCUUUAACGACGAUGAUGAUGAUGAUUCCAUAUUGCUCGAGUUUGAAAGUGGUUCCGACAUAGAGUAUGAUGAUACUGGUCUGCUCCGCAGGGAUCCCGGCCUAGCAAGCUUAAGUGACGAAGAGUCCGGUAAAGGCGGGAACAAUGGCUACUAUUUAGAUGGUGCAACAAUCAGUUCAAGAAACGUUGUGAUUCCGAAAGACGAAUUAUACGAAAACGAUGGCGUACCGAAAUUGAGCUAUCGCUGCCUUACUACAGAUCAGAUCUAUGAAUUGAUGUUGGAAAGACUUGAACGAAUACAACCGAUAUUUGAUAUCUCCUAUGAAGACAUAAUAGUACUUUUGCAGCAAUACGCUUGGAGCGAAGAAAGACUUCUUGAGGAUUGGACCGAAAAUAGGGAUAAUGUCAUCGUUUCUUGUGGGCUCAAACUCGGACACGAGCCAGUGGCGAGUCGAGGAAUACGGAAGCAUGCUAACUUUUUGUGCCACAUCUGCUGUGAAGCUAACAAAAUGAAGACAUUCACCUUAGAGUGCGGCCACGAAUACUGCUUGGAAUGUUACCAACAUUAUAUUAAAGAUAAGCUGCUAGAAGGCAAAAUAAUAACAUGCAUGAGCUGCCCGUUAGCUCUUAAAAAUAAAGACAUUGAUGCCAUAAUGGGAGACAAUUCAAGCCAAAAACUUAUGCGGUCCUCCAUCAAAGGCUUCAUACAGAAACAUAGCAAUCACUAUAAGUGGUGUCCCUUUGUCGACUGCAACUGCAUUAUCCAGGUUGGAAAUAUAUCAACACUCUCUGAAUUCCCCAGAUUUCACCUAUCACCUUACGUUGUUUGCGACAACCAGCACAGAUUCUGCUUUAAAUGCGGUCUAGAAUCGCAUUCCCCCGGAGAUUGCCACGUUGCAGAGCUCUGGGUGAAAAUGGCUCAGUUAGAAUCCGCUAAUCUAAACUGGGUCUUGACUAACACCAAGGAGUGCCCUAAAUGCGGUGUUAAUAUCGAGAAGAAUGGUGGGUGUAACCAUAUGACAUGUAAAAGUUGCGCGUAUGAGUUUUGCUGGAUCUGCGAAGGCUGUUGGGCUGAACACGGAGGCGGCUAUUAUGAGUGUACUCGGUUUAAGAAGGAGGAUAAGAACGGUGCUGUGGAGAGUAAAAAUGCAAUAAGAAAAUAUACAUUCUAUUACAAGCUAUUCAGUGAGCACGAAAAUUCUGCUAAACUUGAUUGGAGCUUGGGGCUCACAGUAGAGCAGAAAGUUAAGGCGCUUCAAGAAAAUAUUGGGAUCUCUUGGAUUGAAACCCAGUUCUUGCCUGAAAGCAUCCGGGCCCUGAUUGAGGGGCGGACAACGUUGAAGUGGUCUUUUCCAGUGGCAUUCUAUUCAGAUCCCUCCCACAAUCUAACAAAGAUAUUUGUUGAUAACCAGUCUUUGUUAGUUAGCGCAGUUGAGGACCUUUCGCAGUUACUUCAGGUCAAGGAGCCUCAAAAGAUUAUUGACCGAAAAUUGGAGUUCUUUAAUAAAGCCAGGUUUGUGAGAAGCCGAGACAAAGCACUUGUUGAGUGUGGCCGUGACCUGCUUUGCAAAGGCAUAUGUAUUCCACAUCAGUGA